AAGAGGGCAGGUGCAGACUAUGAUGAGGUGGUGACAGAAUCACCUCAGGAGGACACGAGGGAGGGCAUGCAAGAACCUGAAAAGAAGAACCAUGGAAACAAGCAGCAGAUGGUGAGCUCGUCUGAUGAUGAGGGGUCAGGUGAUUGGCCCCCAAAGAAUGGAACAGAAGAAGAAGAGGAGGAAGAGGAGGAGGAGGAAGAAGAGACCAGUGUGAAGCGAAGGGUUCCCCAGCUGCAAAAGAAACGGCCUGCACCCACACCCAGGAACAGUCAGAAUACAAAAUUGCAGACUUUAUCUGUCAAAUUGAAUCGUCCCACUUUAAAGACACUGGCAAUGAUUCAGGUUUAUGUAAGCCCAGCCACUGCUGACAUCUUGGCAAAACAGUCACAGAAUGUUUGUGCAGAGACUAAAUCAGAGACAGAAAAGACUUCUGAUGAAACCAAGUUGUGUGACACUACAGUGAAAAUUAAAAGACAGGAGCCAUCAGAAGAGGAGGAGAGAAAGACCUGUGAGGAGGAAAGGAUGAAGCUGCAGGAGGAGCAUCAGAGGAAAGAAGAACGACAUGUAAAAGAAGUGACAAAGGAGAGAGGGCGUCCAAGGAGAAAAGGACCAGGUGGAGAAGAGGCAGUGAAAGAGGAGGGGAGGUGUCUGAGGAGAAGAGGACAACAUGGAGCAGGAGAGAGGAAAAAAGAUGAUGUAAAGAAAAAGUGAAAAGCAAGAG